GCUUUCUCCGAUGUUUAAUGGAUUGCAUUGGUACUAUUUAAAAUACGAUAUGUACGAUAGUACAACUGAGUUCCUUAUAACAACAACACAAGCUAACACAACGGUUUACCUGCCAUCGCUGAAAAUGACUUUUCAUGAGGUGUUCAAGCAGUCUCAAAUAAGAUUGAACGAUUCGUAUAGAAAUUUUGGUAAACUAAUCAGCAAAAAACCAGCCUAUGUGGUCAGUGUGACCGGGCCCAGUCAAACGCUGACCUCGAUAAUGCCAAUCCGAGCAUGGACUAAUGUCUACUUCAUAAUCACACCAAAUAUCCAUGAUGUAGUAUUUGAAUAUCGUAUAAUUAUUCAUUCGAAAUACUUAGAAUUUAUUCGUAUUGACGGGAAGACAGUCACGACCUGGCUUGUUAAACACGAGGUAUCGGACGGGAUGGCGUAUGGCAUCUCUAAUCUGGUGGAAAAGAAUACGAGCUACGUGACCGAACAACACAAAUUUGGAUGCUACGUGUACGGGAGCUCCCGGGAAACUGAAACGAAAUUGCAUUAUAUUCAGAAUGCUAGGUCUACACCUGACAUUUUUAAG